CGGUAUCUGCAUCCCAUGAAGUAACUCUUAUGCAAUUGGAGCCAUCUUCAAGCCUCUGGCAGACUAUUCAAAACAUCAGUGACAACUCUUUUACCGAAUUACCUGCCCCUCCAUUGGAAAUUCUGACCCAGUCAUUUGUCUCACAGACUCCAUUAGGGAUACCGAUGGAAUCCUUGCCUCCACCUCUGUUAUCAAAGUCAGAUGAGCCACACCCACAGAUGGAGUUACUGCGUCCAUCACAGUUACUGGUAGGGGUCAAGAGCAGUCAGUUAGAAUUGCCUAUUUCGCCUUCCUUGCCCCAACAGUCUUCACCAGAACAUCAGGACAAAGUAGACUCCUUCUCUUACAAACCAUCAUCAGAAACAGAAAGGUGUUCGGGACCAUCAAAUGAGCAAAGAAAGCCACCAACUGAGUCAUUUCCUCUACUGUUAGAAAGGGCACCACUCCCAUCACUUUCAUUACCUCCACCACCACUAUCACUUACACCACUUUCAUCACCUCCGUCACCUCUAUCAGCUCCACCACCUUCAUCACCUUCACCACCUUCAUCACCACCACCAUCGCCAUCAUCUCCACCACCUUUAUCACUUCCACCACUUUCAUCACCUCCUUCCCUGCCAUCCCCUCCAUCACUUCUAUCACCUCCACCACCUUCAUCACCUCCACCACCUUCAUCACCUCCACCACAUUCAUCACUUCCACCACAUUCAUCAACCACCUUCAUCACCUCCACCACCGCCAUCACUUCCACCACUUUCAUCACCUCCAUCACUGCCAUCACCUCCAACACCUUUAUCACUUCCACCACCUUCAUCACUUCCACCACUUUCAUCACCUCCAUCACCUCUAUCACCUUCAUCACUAACAUCACCUUCAUCACCUCCACCACCUUCAUUGCCUCCACCACCUUCAUCACCUUCACCACCUUCAUCACUUCCACCACUUUCAUCACCUCCUUCCCUGCCAUCCCCUCCAUCACUUCUAUCACCUCCACCACCUUCAUCACUUCCACCAUUUUCAUCGCCUCCAUCACUACCAUCACCUCUAUCACCUCCACCACCUUCAUCACCUCCACCACCUUCAUCACCUCCACCACAUUCAUCACUUCCACCACCUUCAUCACUUCCACCACUUUCAUCACCUCUAUUACUGCCAUCACCUCCACCACCCCUAUCACCUCCACCACCUUCAUCACUUUCACCACCUUCAUCACUUCCACCACUUUCAUCACCUCCAUCACUGCCAUCCCCUCCAUCACUUCUAUCACCUCCACCACCUUCAUCACUUCCACCCCUUUCAUUGCCUCCAUCACUACCAUCACCUCUAUCACCUCCACCACCUUCAUCACCUCCACCACCUUCAUCACCUCCACCACAUUCAUCACUUCCACCACAUUCAUCACUUCCACCACAUUCAUCACUUCCACCACUUUCAUCACCUCCACCACCUUCAUCACUUCCACCACUUUCAUCACCUCCAUCACUGCCAUCACCUCCAUCACUUCUAUCACCUCCAACACCUUUAUCACUUCCACCACCUUCAUCACUUCCACCACUUUCAUCACCUCCAUCACCAUUAUCACCUCCACCACCUUCAUCACCUCCACCACCUUCAUUGCCUCCACCACCAGAAAGGAAGACAGGACUAGCUUUGGUGGGACAGCUGUCUCCAAAGAAGCCCCAUAUACCACUGUUAGUAAUGGUGGAAGAAGAACAGCAUCUUGUGUUAUUAGAAAAGCCCCAGCCGUCACUGUUGCUAAUAGUUGUAGAACAUCGUCUUAUGUCAAAAGUUUCAAUGAAAGGAUAUUGGGGCAAGAAGAGUCAAAGGAACUGCCCAACCAACCACUGGAUUCAUCACAAGCAAGGUUGUCAUUUGACUCAUCAUCAGAAUCCCUGGAAAUAAUGCUGACACCAGAUUGGUUGAACAUAGUAAUAUAUUGUAAGUGGGCAUCCAUAAUCCCACUUUCAGUACACGCAGUAAAUGAAGUUUUUUUUUUUAUGGGAAUUGUGGAAGUUUGCAGAUGUUGGUACAUUGUUUGAGGUUCGUAUUUGGGAAGGUCAAAGUUAGUUUUCUUUUUUUUCUUUUAUUUCAGCCAACAUGCAAUUUCACUCAAAACAUGCAAC